GGGAUAGAUAAUUAUUGUUCGAAACUGCAAUACAGCUCCUGCUCUCAUUGAUAUUAAUUAUACCAAUUAAAGAACAGUUUAUUGAACUCAUGAGGAAUUUUAUGGAUCUAUAUCGAUUGGAACGUUGGUACAACGAAAUUGGCACGAGAUGACUGUGCAAACAAUGUUGAGUUGUGUACACAAGUUCAGUGAGGGUAUAGUGGUGAUGGCUGGUGCAUCUAUACCUCAAAGACUACAGAUGGGACUAUAUGGCAGAGAAUGAGUAUAGUCAGUGUGACCGCCAGCUAGUGGUCUGCUUCGCUAUGAAUAACAUGCAUUGGUGCUGACACGAAGCAAAUAGAUACGUGUGGGUUUACCAAGGAUAAGCCCUAAGGUGAUUUUUUGGAAAAAGAUGGCGGGAACAUACUUGGUGCAUCUAUAUGUGAAUAUUUGAACUGAUGUAUGACUAUAGCAUUUUUUUUUAGAUUGAAUUCUUUUUUGAAUAAUUGUUGGGUUUAUUUUCGAUCCACUGACUAUAAGCGACGAGUUCUUUUGUUUUAUCGACGCUGUGCGCCAUUAUUUGCCGAUUUUGCCCAUUUUCUGUUUUUGGAAUAACAGUUGUCAUGGAUUCGUAUUAUUGAUGAUAAUCUUUGUUAAACCAUGCCCGGGAAUUUGACUGAAUUACAGCGGCAUUUAAUCCAUGCUUUGUUUGAUUCGGGUUUGAGCCCUGAUGAUGUUUUAAGCGAGCUUUCGAACGAGAGCUUCCUCGCUCACGACGCCGAGCCACAGGGAUCAGCAGCUGAUGUGAAACACGAAGAGGAUUCAUCACCCGAUACCCUGCAGACUGCUGCCUGCCCUCAUUCCUCUUCCUCGCCAUCAUCCUCCUCAACGACAACACCUUCAACAUCAUCAUCAUCUCAAGCUAUUCAUGAAGAUAAAUCAGAUGCAACAUUGUUGUCGUCUUCUUUGACGGCAAGUCAAGAGAAUCUAUCCGUACGGCAAACAGAUUUGAAUUCAGCGAACCGUGGACGGUGUAGUGAGAUCAUCAAGUUAGAAACAUUACCACGAACAAUAGACUCACACGCCUGCCUAUCUCUUCCUCCGGCCACUGUUACUUCUCCCCCACCUGAAAGGGUUCCUCAGACCAUAGCUGAGGUUCACUUGAACGCUCUGGGCCAAGUCACCGUUUACCACCAGGUGGACCAAGGACCAGAGGACGAAGAACCAAGACCAGUUAUAGUCAAAUCGGAGGAGAGAGAAGUUUUAAGUGAAAAUUUGCAUCCGGUGGAAAUGCUUCAUUCGGGCGACGAACUCGUCAACGAUACCAUGGGCGAAGGUGACAACGAGAGCAACGGAACCAGUCUAUCCGACUACGGGGAUGGGGACGAUAGUAUGGCGGAGUACAGCCCACAAGAUCCAAACCAACCCCAAUCUUUUAAACACGAAUUAUUACGGUAAGUUCUUUUCCACAAUCAAAUCUACAAAUGAUUGUUAUGUCAUAAAAUUUAAGCCACCUUUUCAAUGUUUCACUCAUUAUUUCUUUCUUUCACAAAUGAUUUAUUUUAUUAACCGGCAUUCUGUUACAUUUUAAACCGUUAACCAGAUAAUCGCACUGCUUAAUCAGCUUACACAUUGUUUAUCAAAUCGAAGUAGCAGUUGUAAUGCACUUUGUUUCUUUAAAUGCCAUGAAAUCGUCAAUAAUUAAUAGUUUAUUACGCGUAUUCUACAUCGUGUGCGAUUAAGAUCAGCCGAUUUCAUUAGGGUUAUAUCAUCUGUAAAUCAUUAAGAAAGAAGAUAAUUAUCUGUCAGUGUCAAGACUUAUCUUCCUAAUACCAAAUCCAUAACAACAAAAGGUGCAAUUCGAAUCGAACUCUAUUACUAUUACAUUAAAUUAUUUUUUAUUGGCGUGACUAUUGUUCCCCCACUUAUAUCAUUAUACAUCUGUAUUGGACCCGUAUUGGGCAAUCAAAUCUUGAUUUUCGCAAUAUUACGAGUGUAAAUUUGCAUAUGAGUUUCAUUGAACUUGUAAUAUGUUUGAUCAUUCUACUCGAUUCAUUGAUUAAAACCUGUCUUUAUUUCUUUAUUUCUUCAUCUUUGCAUGACUGACAUACCGAUUGCUUUUUUAAAACCAUUUUUACGUCCUUUAACCGUUUCCUUUAUUUUUCUAAGUUGUAAUUACAUUUUUUCAUGACUGACAUACAAUACAAUCUUUAUCUUGCUUUUGUAGAAUUUUACAUCAUUCCUUUAACAGUUUCCUUAAUCUUUUUUUAGUUGUAACUAUAUUACAAUAUACACUGCAUUCAUAAAGUGUUUCCAAAAAUGAUUGUAUUUACUAACAGUGUUCUUUGAAUAUUGAAGGGGUACUCUGUGCUGAAAUAUAUGUGAAUAAAUAAAGCGAAAUUAAUCCAGGAAAAUGCUGAAAAGUUCAUUAAAAUCUGAUAACAAUUAACGAAGUUAUUGCAUUUUAAAUUUAGUAAUGCUUUUUACGGUUAUGUGCAGACCGUCAUGAAUGUCCCCACUUUCCUCAUUCUAAUUAUAUUACAUGAAAUCAUAAUUGUUUCAUAUUUUCAUAUGUGUGUAUAGUAUGUCUCCUUUAUAACAAAACAAGUUGCAUCAAUGAAUAUCUUAAUGCAUUAAAUCAGAAGGUUUUUUUUUCUUUCUUGGUGGACAAAUUUUUGAUAAAUAUAAUAAUUAUAAGAUACAAAAGAAUAAGUGGAAACAAGACAUCAUCAGCUUGCGCACAGCGCACUGCAUAUUCAUGAAGACAUGCAUAGAACUUUUUGACCGAAAUAAUGCAAAGAUGUAAAAUGUCCAUAACUUUGUUGUUCCUUAUCCGAUUUAGAUGAUUUUUUUCUUCAGUGUUUUGUUUGUCGGAUUUUACUUUUUAUGUUCAAAUCAUAUAAUUUUCAACAUAAAGCACCCCUUUAAAGUACCUGCAUGCCAAUAAAUGAACAUGAACUACAUUAAAUUAACACAAACUAACGAACUAAUGCACAUGACGAAUAUAACGACACGAUUUCUUAUAAGACUUCUAACUUGGAAUACCUAUAUAAUCUUAACAGAUUAAAUUGAAGGAGUCGACAGAAAUUAAAACAUUUGCAAAGCCAGGUAAAAAAGAUAUUAUUCCGGUCUUUUGUAAGUGCAUAUCUGAUAGAGACUAUAUAUCAAAGUGUGAUAUGCGUUAUAAUUUUUUUUUUUUUUUUGUUAUUAUUAUUAGUAUUUUCAUCGUUAUCAUCAUCAUUAUCAUUAUUUUAAUAGUGCAAUUUUCAACUUCUAUCUUAAACUCUGCUAACAUUGAGGCACGUUAUGGGAAAGUGUUAUUUAGCUAUUAUCCAUGAAUUUGUUUGUACACUGUACAACUAAUCAUUGUAAACUUAAGAUUUAACCAGUUUGAUAAUAUGAAAUAAAUUAUUUAAUGCAUGUACAAACUCUACCCAAACAUUCUAUGACUAUACAUAACUAUGUUCUAUUUCAUAAUAUAAAGUCGGAUUUUUUUAAGUUACCUUUUUUAAGGCUAGUCUUUUUAAUGACUAUUGCAAUUAGCUCAUUGUAAAAGCCUGUGUGAGAUAUUCAGAAAUAAUGCAGUGUUUUUAUUUGUAAACAAGUUAAAAAUAUAUUCUGUAUUGUUAAACUUUUACGGUCGUGACUCUAUUCAAACAUAACAUUGUAUUGUCAUUAUUUUGUCAUUUCUAAAUGACUUCUAGAUUUUAAUACCAUAUAAAUCUAAUUUUAUUGAUAGAACAUGUAGAAGGUAUUUAUAACAGGAGGGAGUAAAUAUUCAACAUGCAGUGUCCACGAUACAACCUGCGUAAUUAUAAGACAUAAAUUCUUGUGAAAAUGCAUAUUAUCUCAUUGAAAGAUUUAUGACAAAAAGAGGAAGAUGGUUUUUGUAAAUAAUUAUUGUCCAGACUUGAUAAAUUACAGUCCAGUUUUGAAGGAUUUCAUCCAAUCAAUUUGCAUUCACAACAUCGAUAAAAAUGUAUACACUUUAGUUAUAAUUGAAGUUUUACAGUUGCGUUUUGAAAAAAAAAUGGGGUCAAUCAUAUCGCAGAAAAUCUAGAUACCUGCUAAAAUCGUUUCGUUUUAGAUUAUUUCUGAGCAAUUCUGAAUAUUUAGACGAAUGUCAUUUUGGUUUAGUGUAGUACUUGAACAACCAUUGCUCAUGAAUUGAACAUUUAUUUCGGUUUUAGAUAAGCAAAGGUGCACCAACGAUACUGUAUUGAAACAAAUAAACUGACUCUUGUUUGAAUAUUGAAAUAUGACCAUACUAUCUCUUAUUUCAGUUUUUUUUACCCCCUCACAAAAAAAUGAAUUACCCGUCUUGCUUUAUCGUGAAUUACCGAACUGUUGUUUAAAAUUGUCUUUAGUAUUACAUUUUGUGAGAGGAAAUACUGUCAUAUCAAAAUAAGUUCAAAUUAAAUCUGUUUCAAGUUAAAUCUCUCGUAAAUUCCCGUGAUUAAGUAAAUUAAUGUGAACGAACCAAUAUAAAUUACAAAAAUAUAUAUUGUGAACUAACCCAGUGUAUAUGAAGUCUAAUAUACAAAACAUUACAGUCUGUCUAAACAUGAUUGAGAAAACUUCUUGAAUCCCAAUUCGGAAAUUAGAUUUAGACAUUCUUAUGAUGUGGUGUCUCGUAAUGAAAAUGAUUGGUUUAUCACUAUCCUUGAUAUUGAAUUCAAAUUUAAAACUUGUCACGUCAUGAUGUGGGCAUUUCAAAAGAAAUGAUUCUAUCCAUGUACAAUAUCGGCAGUGAUAGCAACGUGUAUCAAUAUGUCUUAAUCUAUUCAUUGAAAUACAUAUGUGUUGUGUAAAGGCUUUCCAAACGAGGGUAAUAAUAUCAAAAAAUAUCAAGACCUAUAUGAGAACGUAAUGUACGACUUACAAGUGGUAGUAAAGAUGGAAAAAAAUUAAUUUUAAAUACAUGUUUGAAAAAAAAUAAUCAUUUGACCCAUUUACAGAAUUCGAUUUGUUAUGCAGUCUGUUUUGAACAGACAAUCUGUGUUCAAUGUACUAAAAAUAAUAUCUCUCAAAUGUAGAUGUAUGUCAGAAACACUCUUAAAACCAUUAAAAAUACCAUGUCGAAGAUCUAUCGAUUACCGGCAAUCGAUAUUCGAUAGUCUUGAAUCUGACUUUUCCUUUUUAUAAUCUCCCCUUUUAACUAUGUUUCCAAAAUCAAAACCUACCUUUUAUUAGAUUAUCUUCUUUUUCGAAGUCCUGCCAUGUUGACCACAAUCCACAUAGUUUUUGUCAAUAAGAUAUAUGUCCUAUAUUCCAAUUAUGGUUUCUUCCUUGCAGCUAAGAAGAAUAAUAUGAAUUCAAACUCGUUAGAAGGGUAUAUGAUCCCCCACGGUUGUGCGCUGAGCUGCUUGUUUUAAAUAAUUAUGUUGGUAUAUCUAGAGCAUAUCGCCCUUUAUAGAUUGUACUUUAUUUAAUUCUUAACUUG